AUGGGUUUCCCGGGCAGGCUGGCGGUGCUGCCAAAACUUGUGGCGGCGGGCCGGGCCGGCGGUGCCUGGCGGCGGCGGGACCGGCUCUGCGCGGGGGUCCCGCUCCCGGGCCGCGCCGCCGCUGCCCUCCGCCCGCCACCCGGCAGCCGCGCCGCCUCCUCAAGGGCCCUGGGCGACUACGAGGAAGUUUUCCGGUCUUCCCUGGCGGAGCCCGAGAAAGUCUGGGGAGCGGCCGCUGAACAGAUCCGGUGGUACAAGCCCUGGGUCCGGACUCUGGAGAGAGGCAGCGCGGGGAGCGCCUCCUGGUUUGUAGGUGGAGAGCUGAAUAUCUGUUACAAUGCUGUAGAUCGUCAUGUUGAGAAUGGACGAGGAGACCAAGUUGCCAUUAUUUAUGACAGUCCUGUAACAAAUACCAAAGAGAAAAUAACAUAUAAGGAACUUUUUGAGCAGGUCUCCAAGUUAGCUGAUGUCAUGAUCAGACAUGGUGUGAAGAAAGGAGAUCGUGUGGUCAUCUACAUGCCCAUGAUUCCACAGACAGUGUACUGCAUGCUGGCUUGUGCAAGAAUAGGAGCCAUCCAUAGCUUGAUUUUUGGUGGAUUUGCAUCUAAAGAACUUUCUGUUCGCAUUGAUCAUGCAAAGCCCAAAUUUAUUGUAACAGCUAGUUUUGGAGUAGAACCGAAAAGAAAAGUGGAAUACAUAUCCCUCCUAGAAGGAGCACUGGCAAGGACGCAGAGCAAACCUGAUAAAGUUCUCAUUUACAAGCGACCUAAUUUGGGCCACGUUCCUCUUACUCGAGGUCGUGAUCUUGACUGGGAAGAAGAGCUUGCAAAAGCACAGUGUUCUAGAUGUGUCUCAGUUCCCUCAGACCAUCCACUUUAUAUUCUGUAUACAUCUGGAACAACAGGCUUGCCCAAGGGUGUUGUCAGACCAACAGGUGGCUAUGCAGUUAUGCUAAACUGGACAAUGUCAGCUGUAUACGGACUCACACCUGGUGAGGUGUGGUGGGCAGCUUCUGAUUUAGGCUGGGUUGUUGGUCAUUCCUAUAUUUGCUAUGGACCUCUCCUUCAUGGGAAUACUACAGUUUUGUAUGAGGGGAAGCCUGUGGGAACGCCAGAUGCUGGUGCCUAUUUCCGUGUGCUAGCAGAGCAUGAAGUAGCUGCCUUCUUUACUUCACCAACUGCAAUUAGAGCAAUCCGUCAGCAGGACCCUGAGGCAACCUUGGGAAAGCAGUACUCUCUGAAAAGGUUCAGAACAUUAUUUGUAGCUGGCGAGCACUGUGAUGUGGACACGCUAAAAUGGUCAAAAGAAGUUUUCAAGGUACCUGUCUUGGACCACUGGUGGCAAACUGAAUCUGGUUCUGCAAUUACUGCUUCCUGUAUUGGUUUGGGAAACUCUACAACACCUCCACCCGGACAGGCAGGAAAACCUGUGCCAGGAUAUAAUGUGAUGAUUCUGGAUGAAAAUAAAGAACCAGUGAAGGCCAAGACUUUGGGAAAUAUUGUGGUAAAGUUGCCUUUGCCUCCUGGAGCAUUCUCAGGUCUUUGGGAAAAUAAAGAAACAUUCCAGAAGUUAUAUUUCCAAAAAUUUCCAGGAUAUUAUGAUACUAUGGAUGCUGGCUAUAUGGAUGAAGAUGGCUAUUUAUAUGUCCUGUCUCGAGCUGAUGAUGUGAUCAAUGUUGCUGGACACAGAAUUUCAGCAGGUGCGAUUGAAGAGUGUAUUCUCUUCCAUCCCGCUGUGGCGGACUGUGCUGUUGUGGGCCAGGAGGAUCCUUUAAAAGGACAUGUUCCAUUUGCGCUGUGUGUACUGAGACAAGGUAUAAAGACAGAAAAGAAUACGAUUUUGAAUGAGAUUGUUGAGCGAGUUCGAACUAACAUUGGCCCUGUAGCAGCUUUCCAGAAGGGGAUGUUUGUGAAACAGCUACCAAAAACACGCUCUGGCAAGAUACCACGUUCGGCUCUUUCUGCACUUGUCAGUGGAAAGCCAUACAAGAUAACACCAACCAUUGAAGAUGCUAGCGUGUUUAAACAUAUUGAAGAACUGCUAAAGAAAAAUUAAAUUGGAUAAUACAUCAAUAACAAACAUUUUAAUUACAGAAGUACAAAGAGACUUUCUGUCUGUUAAGAUUAUCACAUUUUAAAAACUAGUCAUGAUUUGGAACAAAAUGUUUUUACUGCAGAAACAUUACUGUGUUCUUUACCAUCUUGUCACAGCCAAUGACACAUAGUAAAGUCUCUGCAUGUUGUGAAUAUAUGCUGGUUAUUAAGAUGGCUAAGAAUUGCACAUAGAAUUCAUACAUUUCUAUAGUCUUAAAGGGGAGGAGUGAUGAGAUUAUCUGUAUGAUGUCAUGUAACCUUUCAUUUCAAUCUGUUUUUGUAUAAUGUGACCAGUAACUUGAGUUUGAAUACAACAGUUUACAAAAAGUAAGUCAUGAGGACAGCAAUAAACAGGAAUUUAAUUGUGAAAAUUGUUGAAGACAUAAAUUGUUCUCACUUGUAAAUUUGAAGCCUUUACAUCUUUUAAAUUUUUCUAAAAUUAAAAAUUUUAAAAUUAAUUUUCUUGAUUCCACUGAUUUCUUUUUUUUCCUAAGACUUUCUGCUAUAAAUUAGAUUCCUAUAAUUUUUUUACUCAAUAAGUUUCUGAAAUGUCUUUUUUGUAGAAUGAUAAAUAAUUUCUGGCUUUCAAAUAUGUGAAAAUCCUCAUUUGUCUGCUCAAUAAUACACACGAUUUUAAAUAAAGGCAGGCAUUUACUCUUUGCA